AUGGCUUCAAAAAUGCUUGGUCAAUGCUGCUUUAAAGGAUUCUACAGAAAAGGUGAAACCAAAGGUCUGCAUAAGGAUAUUUUUGGUGUUGAUAGCUAUGUUGUUGGAUUGGAAAAUCCCAGUGAUAAAGUAGUUGUCAUCAUGACCGAUGUUUAUGGUAAUAGACUAAACAAUGUACUUUUAACCGCAGAUCAAAUCGCAGAAAGUGGCUACCAGGUGUACGUUCCUGAUAUUUUAUUUAAUAACCCCGCACUAGAUCUCAAUGUCCCACUGGAUAUACCUGCUUGGAUGGCAUCUCAUCCUGUUGACAGGGCGCACAAUUUAGUGACAAAAUACUUAUCUGACCUAAGAAAACACGUGAACCCCAAGUUUGUUGGUAUUAUUGGCUAUUGCUACGGAGCUAAGUUCGCCAUUAAGCAAAUUGAUUCAGCUUCAGGUAUUGUCGACGCUUGCGCCAUAGCCCACCCAUCACUAGUGACUAUUGAGGAUGUUGCGGCCAUCGGGAAACCAUUGCUGAUUUCGGCCGCCGAGGAGGAUGCCAUUUUUCCAGAGGAGAUGAGACACAUGACGGAAGCCAAAUUGAAGGAAAUUGGUGCUAGAUAUGAAAUUGAUCUCUUUAGCGGUGUUGAACAUGGAUUUGCAUCUAGGGGUGAUGUUUCCAACCCAGUUGUCAAGUUUGCUAUGAACAAGGCGUUGGCUGAUCAGCUAUACUGGUUUGAUCAUUUUGCCUCGGGGGGUCAGUAA